GCGGCGCGGUGACGUCAGAGCGCGGCGCGAGCGGCAGCGUGAGGGGCCUGGUGGGCUGUGGAGACGCCAUGAGCAAAGCGCACCCGCCCGAGCUGAAGAAGUUCAUGGACAAGAAGCUCUCAUUGAAAUUAAACGGCGGCCGACACGUCCAGGGGAUAUUGCGGGGCUUUGAUCCCUUCAUGAACCUCGUCAUCGAUGAGUGCGUGGAGAUGGCGCCGGGGGGACAGCAGAACAAUAUCGGCAUGGUGGUAAUACGAGGGAACAGCAUCAUUAUGCUGGAAGCCUUGGAACGAGUAUAGCGCUGGAGAAACCUGCGUCGUUACCAGCCGUGACUAGACCUAACCCACUUCUUUUGUUUACUCAUUGAACCUGCCACAGGGCAUCCCUGAGCAUAAACUUAUUUUUUUGUUUUGUUAAAUAAAUUUUG